UUAUUCCUUGUCUAUAUUAUGCCUAUAGACCCAAUCUCAUCAAAACGUGCAUCCGCCACCCCGUCAUCAUUAUAUGUUGGAGGCCCAACCGUGGACCCUGAUCUGCUCGCAAAUCCCUCGAUAUUGCGCAUCGAAAUUAUGGCCAAUCCACCAGUCCAACUGUCGCUCCAGACAGCCCAGAGCAAAAGCCCACCAGUAUCUACUCAUGUCCCAUCAAGUCUCACGCCACCUGUGACUCCUAUCGCCAAAGAAAGGCCCCCAAGAUCAACUCCAAGCCCAUUUCAAGACCCAAAGGCAGAGCAAACGCCAUCCAUCUCCAAGGACAAUGCCAGCCCUCUGCAGUUCACCGAUGACCUCGAAAUCUGCCACGACGAGAACAACCGGUCCAUCGAGUUCGGCCGCGGCGUCUGGAGUAUGGUAUACAAAGCGCGCUCAUUACCACGCCCCCAAACAAAUCUCCCAGGCACACCCCCCAGCUCGCCAACCUCAAGAUCGCAAGUGCUAGCCGUGAAAGCACCAUUGCGCCGAGAUGCGCGCCCAGUUCUGAACGCCGAAGCAUUAACCCUAACACGCCUCACAUUAACCCAAGGUCACGAGCAAUACGUCGUCCCCUUCCACGGCUACCACGCCGAACUGGGCGCACUAGUUAUGUCCGCCAUCCCAACCUCACUAGCCACAUACAUCGAAGACCAAUCCAAGCUAGCGCGCACCCGCCAACCCACAACAGCAACAAUGUUCGACCCAGUCCAAGGCCCAGCCUCGUACCAAGAACUCGCGCGCAAGCUAAUCACCGGCCUGAACUGGCUGCACCAAGUCGCCGGCGUCGUGCACGGCGAUAUCAAACCACAGAACAUCCUCCUCCGGCCCAUAGACACAGACGACUGCGACGAAGCCCUGGAUUUCCCUUACGAACCUCUGUACGCGGAUUUCUCUGCCACGGUUGAUAUCCCCGCGGAUGCAGAUGCGCCGGUCGAUACGACCCGCGCGUCGAUGUCGUCGUUCACGCCGCCGUUCACGGCGCCAGAAAUGCUCGCUUCGCUCACGUCAUCUGAGAUGGCGCCGACGCCCGCGUCGGAUGUCUUCUCGCUUGCGGCUACGCUGCUUGCGGCUGCGACGGGGGAUUUGCUGCUUUAUCCUAAUAUGAAUCAUCGGUUGAGGCUGGAGAUGGCGAGGGCUGGACAUCAGAUUAUUGAUUUCGCGAGGUCUGGUGUGAGUGGGAGUCGGGUUCCGAGGGAUGGGUUUGUUGAGCGGAUUGUGAAGCCGGCUGUUGCCAAGGACCCUGCGAUGCGGGUUACGACGCCGGAGUGGGCCGAGCUUGCGUCGGCUUGA